AUGGCGGAGACUGCCGAGCCCAACCCAAUCGUCUUCUUCGACAUCACCCUAGGAGGGGAGAAGCUCGGUAGAAUCAAGAUGGAGUUGUUCAAAGAUGUAGUUCCAAAGACGGCUGAGAAUUUCCGCCAGUUCUGCACUGGAGAGACGAAGAACAGUCGAGGGCAGCCACAAGGCUACAAAGGCUGCAAGUUCCAUCGCGUCAUCAAAGGUUUUAUGAUCCAAGGCGGCGAUUUUGUAAACGGCAAUGGCACAGGCUCGAGAACCAUUUGGGGAACCGAAAAGUUUGCCGACGAGAACUUUACGUUGAAGCACGACAAACCUGGUCUUCUAUCUAUGGCUAACUCAGGUCCCAAUACCAACGGUUCCCAGUUCUUCAUCAUCACUGCGAAGAACGGCACCCCUCACCUGAACGGCAAGCACGUUGUCUUCGGAAAUGUCAUUGAAGGCAUGGACGUUGUCACCAAGAUUGAGAACACACGGACAGUAGCGAACCCAGAAGGAAAGCCAGUGCAAGAUAUCGCUAUUGCGCAAUGCGGUGAGAUGACUCUCAGCACCGCCGCCCCGAGCGCGGGUGGCAGCCUCAAACGCAAACAAACCGAUCACUCGUCCGACGCCGAAAACACUGCCCCAAAUCAACUCAAACGCCGCCGAGUCACAUUCGAUCCCGAAGUCGACGUACGCAUACUGAGCGAGCACCAUGAGAAGAGUCUGGAGCUAGUGGGGGAGGAGGUACGGCGAGCAAUAGAGAAGCAUGCGACAGGCGAGAAGGCAGCCUACGACGGUCUCAAGGCCCUCUUCAAGGAACCGCCGACAUCAGCAAGUGCACCGCUAUCACGACUCUUGCAAAAAUACGUCAUCGCACUCUCGGAGCACACGCCAAAACUCGACAGUAACUGCAAGGGCCUGGUGCACGCCGUCAUCGAUUGCAGCUGGAUUGCGCGCAAUGAAGACUUCCUACGCUCCUACCGAAUCUUUCUGCGUAGGCUGCUCUCGGUUCAAUCCAGCUACAUGUCUACUGUGCUGCAGAUGCUUGUCGACAUGUUUCUGAACACGCCGUCCGUCAACGCUAGGCAGCAGGACGACCCGCCCAUCCAAAGAGUACGCCUACAAGCGCGCAUACAUGAGACCCUCAUGGGAUUACUACGUUACAGUCCAAUGGCGAGUUCCUUCCUCGCACCCGUCAUCUCCAGCACCUUCCCAUUUUCCAACGACAGCGCCAAGACACACGUCGAGUAUAUCCGAAACAUCUUCAGGGUCACAGAGUAUGCGCCAGAGAUCAAGGGCGAGAUCUUGGCACUUGUAACUGAUAAGCUGUGCAAGAUCGAUGCGCAGAUGCAGGUGGACAUGGAUGACAUGGACGACGACUUGGAGGAGCAACUGGUGGGCGACGCCAUCAAUGACGAAGAAGACGAUGACGACGCGAGCGACGACGGUUCCGUAUCAAGCGAGGAAAGUCUGGAUCCAGAGGAGCAACGACUCAAGGAUAUCAAAGACAUGAUGCUCAAGCUCGAUACCGUCAUGGACGUACAAUUCUCCUACUACGACUCAAUCUUCGAACGGAGAGACCUUCAAGAGAUGGACCGCACAUACCAAACCCUUAUCGCCCAAUUCCAGUCCAUCAUCAUCCCAACCUACCGCUCACGACAUACUCAGUUCGUGCUUUUCCAUUUCAGUCAGAUGUCAACGGAUUUCGUAGUGCGGUUCGUGGAUACCUGCUCGCAACUAGCUGUCGACCAAAAUCGACCCCCACUAAUACGAGCAUCCGCAUGUGCCUACCUCGCCUCCUACAUCGCGCGUGGCGCUCACGUUCCGGGCUUUGUGGUCCGCGACGUUUUUGACACACUUUGCUCGCAAUUGGAGCGUCUGCGUGUACUGCACGAACCAAAGUGCAUCGGCCCGGAUCUACGCCGGUACGGCACUUAUUACGCCAUCGCACAGGCACUAUUGUAUGCCUUCUGCUUCCGGUGGCGCGACCUCAUUGUCACGCCCGACGGCACCUUGCCUACUGAUGCAGACAUCAUGUACCACGAAGGCGACUUCCAGUGGCACCGGUCAACCCUCGAAAUCGUACGGCGUAACAUCUUCUGCAAACUCAAUCCACUCAGAAUCUGCGCACCAGACAUUGUCAAGCAGUUCGGCCGCAUUGCUAAGCACCUCCGCUUCACUUACGUCGAUACUCUGGUAGAGACAAAUAAGCGUGUGCGACUCUCUCGCAGUCUGGCCAGUGGUUAUCUCAAUGGUAUUGGCGGCCGAGAGACUGCUCUCACUGGCAAAAAG